AAUACCUUCAUACUUUAUAUUCAUUAACACUUCAGUUUUAAGAUUUCACACUCUGAACCUUCUACUUAACCUAUAUAAAGAGUAGGCCUAUCGAUAAGCUAUUUAUUAUAUAUUAAUACAGAUAUGAGGAAUCCACAUUCCACUUUGGAUUUUGUUGGACCCAUAUCCCUAGGAAGUUGAGGUAUCAGGAUCUUCGUAGGAUAUGGUGGAUAGCAUUUUUCGGGCCCGAGUUUUGUUUGAAAAAGAUUCGAUAAAAUGACGAGGGUGAUGUUAUGGGGUAGUCUUCUGCUGAUUUCAGUAGCGACUUUUGUUGUUUUGGCUGCAGCCGACCAGCAUGACCAGGGAACUACGGGAAAGACGAGAGUGUCUCCGUUGGGAGCAUGGAAAGAUUCGAUAUUGACAGGAGGGGUAAACGGUGGUACCACUUGCGCUGUUUGUUCGUUACUUGUAUCCAUCGCCGAGCAGGUAGCCGAGAUUCAUAAUGAAACCAUAGUUCAUGGAAUUAAUAGGAUUUGCUCCUUUUUACCUGGUAACUUCCAGGCGACUUGCAACACUUUCGUGGAAAUAGCAACCCCAGUUCUUAUUGAGAUGGCCUUUGAUGAAUUCAUAACUCCCGAUGUGGCUUGCCAGCUCCUCAAUCUCUGUUUCACGGAGCCUGGCCAACAAACCUGCCACCUAUACCCCCUACCAAACCCUGGAAUAGAGAGGGUUGUCAAGAAGGCAAGGCAGAGACUGGAACACAAGAACACGAAGGUGGAUCCUCUUGGAAUUGAUGUGGAUUGCUCAACACUGCCUAUCUUCAAAGAACUAUGUGAACUCAUUGAAACGAGGUUUGGGGAUGACCACUUACCCAUAAUAGAUGUCGAUCAGGACAGGUUUAGCAUUUAUAAGACACUCCGGGGCUCGCAUUGGAGAGGGAAAGAUUGCUCAGAUCUAUCAGCUGAUUUGUAUCCAGGAAGAAAAGCUUUAAGACAAGAUGAAGUACUAGAUUCCAACUGCAACGGGAUUUAUGGCAUGGAUCCGUCAGUUCUGAAACCAUUCGAAGAGACGCUUUGCGAUGGUACCAAGCGAAUGGGUACCAUACUUCUCGGGGACUCUGCCGGGGCACACUUCCAUAUUCCUCCUGAAUGGUUCACCGCUUCAGAACUAAGCUUGGAAGUGUUCAAAGACGUUGCAAUGAUUAUCGAGAACGAAUUCGACUGGCCCAUGACGUCCGCUGUAACAGGCUACAUGAAUUCAACUUGGUCUGUUUUAAACGGGCCAACCAAUUCGUUGUACCUUCGUCUUCGAGAGCUGAAUCACUGCAACCAUCGAGAUUUUCAGAAUACUGCUGUCAAUGGAGCCAAAAGUGGAAACAUGAACAGUUCAAAUCAAUACGGAUUUAGCCGUGAUCAGUCAUAUGAUCAUCCAGCUAUGGUUAUCUACAGCGUGAUUGGCAAUGACGUAUGUAAUGGACAUAAUGACACCAUCAACCAUAUGACUACCACAGAACAGAUGAAGAGCAACUUUUUAUCAACACUGAAAUAUUUGGAUACUAAACUCCCGAACGGUAGCUACGUUAUCGCCACCGGUCUCGCAGAUGGUCGAAUACUCUACGAUACCCUCAAGAACCGUGUACAUCCGAUCGGUCAAUGGCGCCAUGAUGUCAAGUACCCGGAUGUAUACAACUACCUGAGUUGCCUGGAGGUUUCGCCCUGCAAUGGAUGGAUGUCCUCCAACGAGUCUUUGCGCAACUUCACAUCUGAGAGGGCAGCAAAUUUGAGUAGAGCUCUACAGCAAGUAGCCAGCUCCUAUAACGCAAACAAUUUUGAAGUAAAAUUCAUCGAAUAUGAUUUUCAAAGAGUUGUGGACAAGUGGAAGGCUAUGGGAGGGGAAACGUGGCAGCUAAUCGAACCAGUAGAUGGGUUUCAUCCAAGUCAGAUCGCAAUGUAUUUAUCAUCGGACGUGCUAUGGCAGGAGAUAGUCCAACAGCUACCUGACGUCAUCAAAUCAUUGACCAAUCCAAACAACGCACGUAUCCGAGCCGUUUUUGGUGAUCAAGGCGGUUAUUAAAUCACGUUCAGAAUUUGGGUUAUUUUUACUCAGGAUUUAUUUGAUUUAGUUCAGGGACGGAUUUAGACUUUCAUAAGGAGUUGAGACUAUGUCUACAUAAUUUUCGGAAAGCAAAUAUUUUUUACAACUCUUAGACAUGUUACAGGUAUUGGCUUAAUUAAAAACAUAACAAAACAAAACAUUCUUCCGAUUUUAAUCAUUUUUUAAUCAAUCUACUAUUCUGGGUUUUUUUUCUGCUUGCUUUUAAACAUCAUUCCAUCUUGUUUGAAUUGCCUUCAAGACAAUCGCCGUACCAUAUCUGUUUGCCAGUUAGAAACAAAAAAAUGUCACAGAGGAAUGCAUUCGCCUGGUUAUCAAUAUUUCUAUUAUUUGAAGUCACAGUAAUCAAAAUCGAAUGUGCAAUAGCUAGCAAAUUUACAAGCAAUGUUUGGAAAUGUAAUAUAUUUAGAGAUGAUUAUCUUCAUAAUCGAAUUAUUUUGAGCUUGGAGACUUGUUUGUAACUCGUUUUUUUUUUUUUGGGGGGGGGAGGCUGUCACCAAAGAUUAAUAAAUAAGAAUGCUGCGUUCUGAUUGGUGAAUAUUAAAUUAUGUGAAGUUUUAGAUUUGCCGAUCGAACAAAGUGCGAUGAUUUA